AUGUCACACGCACUGCAUCCUCCGCCAUCAAGCGGCAUCCACCAGUCCUCCUUCGCCUCGCUCCAGCUCGAACAGGUCCUCGAUGACCUCGCCGCCCGGUUCAUCGUCAACCUGCCGCAGGAGGAGCUCGAGAGUAUGGACAGGGUGUGCUUUCAGAUCGAGCAAGCACAUUGGUAUUACGAAGACUUCAUCCGACCAACCGCCUCAAACCCGUCCCUUCUCCCCUCCUACUCCCUCAAGGCAUUCUCGCUCCUCAUGUUCGAGUCUUGCCCCCUUCUUCACGACCUCGUUCCGCAACAUCAGACGAUCUGGGAGUCUUUCAUGAAGUAUAAGGAGCGGGUACCGGUUUGCGGAGCGGUACUGAUCAAUGAGUGGUGGGACAAGGUUCUACUUGUGAAGGGAUGGACGAAGGGUUCGGCGUGGUCGUUCCCGCGAGGGAAAAUCAACAAGCAGGAACCGGAAGCGAUGUGUGCGGUCCGAGAAGUCCUCGAAGAGACCGGCUUCGAUUUGACGCCCUACUUCCCGCCCGAGCAACUCGACCCUUCCUACGAAGAGCCGGAAGGACAAGAGCGGCAUCCGUACUACGUCGAGCUCGUCAUCAGGGAGCAGAAGAUCCGGCUAUACUUUGUGCCAGGGGUCAGCGAGUUGACGCAGUUCGAGACGAGGACGAGGAAGGAGAUCUCGAAAAUCGACUGGUUCCGCCUGUCCGACCUUCCAACCUGGAGCAAGGAUGCCAACUCGGGUGGCAAGAAGAAGGACUCGUCAGCGCGGACGAAAGGCGAGCUGGCGAACGGAAAGCAAGCGAAGUUUUACAUGGUGACGCCGUUCAUCUCACACCUGAAGCUCUGGAUCGACCGCAACAAGCCGAAGAUCAUCCCUGUCCGCCCCGCCGACUCGCCUGCGCCCUUCUCUCCGCCGUCCCUGCCCGCUCCUACCCGAUCUCCGAUCCUCGUCGGCGGCCGCGUGCUCAAGCCCUGGGUCGACAGCGACUUGGAGACGAGUACCGAAGAGGAAGAAGUGACGACGGACGAGGACGAUGGCGUCGCUGAGGGCACACGGCGGCAGGCGUGGGAAACGACGCAGCAGGGAACCCAGGCGCUCGAGGCGCUGUUCUUUGGCUCGCCUCCGCAGACCGACCCGCCACCUCUCCCGCCUCUGCAACCGCCCCAGCCACACUUCGCCUUCGAGAACGACCACACCCCUCCCUUGCGCCCCCUCCCUGUCCCGACAACCCAGCCUGCUUACGCCUCGUCUGGAUCCGUCAAUUCUCCUAUCACGGCGACCCCGCCUCACGUCGCUUACGAACGACAGCAAUCCUUCGUCCAGCCCAAACCGAAGUCGUCGAACAACCAGCAGGCUCGGCUACUCGAGCUUUUCAGCGGCCAAGGCGCAACGCCUCCUCCGCCCGCGCAACCGUCGCAAGACUCUCACUCUCAGGGCAAUCUCGUCGGGAUGCUCGAAGGAAUGGCGCUCGCCUCUCCAUCGCCUCUGCCUCCGCUCGCUUCGACUUCGCACCCUGCCUUCCAGCAUCAGCAGGCUCAGGCGUACCCUUCGCAGCAGCACGUCCACUUACAAUCUCCGCAAAAUCCUCAUCACGCUCGUUCGCAACACCACCACCACGCUUCCCCGCUCACCGCCCACGCGUCUCUGCUCUUCUCCGCCCAGCCGCCACCUGAGACGCUCUCACACCCUCCUCGAGCGCCGAUCACCGUCACCGAACUCGAGGAGUCGCAGCGCAAGGAGAAGCACGACGCACUCCUGCGCGCACUGCUGACCGUCGCCGCGAAGAGUCCACCCCGAAAAGCGGAUCUCGAGCUGGAGCAGUCUUCGAGCUUUCCGAACGGCGCGAGCAGUAGCGGAUACAGGAGUACGCCGGAGGACGUCGAGCGUUUAUUCCGUCCGAAUACCGGACCGUCGAGCGAUGCGCCAGCCGCCCGACAGGCGCUCGACCACAACGGCUGGCCCCUGCCUACGCCUCCCGCCUCAUCUCAGCCUCCGCCGCCGCCCCAACCGCCCAAGCAUGCGCAACCUCCAACCAGCAAAGGUAGCCUGCUCUCCAUUCUCAACAAGCCGCCCAGCAAGCAGCCCGAGCCUACUCCUUCGCUUCCCCUCAUCCAGCCUGCUCCCUCAUCUCAGCAACACCCCGCAUUUACGCAUGCGCCUCCGCCUUACCCAACUCACUCCCUUCCUACCCAGCCGUACGCGACGCCGCCAAUGCUGCCGCCUCCACUUCCUCAUUUCGCCGCCAGUCAACCUUACCCCGCAGGCGUUCAUCUGCCGCAGGUCUCGGGGCCCGCGGCGUUUGUCGGCCACCCUCUCCACGCUCCCUACCCUCCACAGCACCCCGCGUACACCACCCUGCCUCUACAGCAGCCAUCCUACCUUCCGCCUCAUGCCGCACAGCAGCCAAUCCCUCUCGCCUUCGCCUCUCAGCCUCCGCCAGCCAUCCCACAGCAAGUCGUUCCGCAGCAGCUUAUACCUCAGGCACCGGUGCAGCCUCAGCCGGCAGGAGCAGGUCGGGGAAACGUAGGGCAGCUGCUCGGACUGUUCAACUCGCGGGCGUAG